UCUCGUUGUGGAAUAGCCGAAGUCCCCAAUGAGGUUUACGUUAACUCACCAUCGUUGGAAGUCCUGCACCUUGAAGGGAAUAAGGUGAAAACUAGCGUUGUCGCCUAAACAAGGCAGUCUGUAGGAGACUGCUUUUAUAAACAAUCAAAUGGCAUGAUAAUGUUCUGUAGAAUUAGUCCUAGGAAAUAUAUAAAAACCUUUAAGCUAAUCUUAAUCACACCAUCAUCAAAUACCUAUACAUCGGUCCGCUAUCAAUAGAAAACAAUCAAUAAUCUUCCUCGAAAGUGUGUGGUUUUAAUAUAAAACAAUCUUAGCAUUAAAGCUCACCACCAAAAUGAACUUACCAAUAGUAUACAAUAGGCAAACACACGAAAUCAGGUGGCCUUGCUAUCACCAAUAUCCCGCUACAGUCAUUAGGCAUAACGCAAAAACUAAUAACUUGAAAAUCAUCCACAUGUCCGUAGAUUAUGCAAUGAUUUCUAAAUCAUUCACUGUGUUGACGUGUGUUUUUGUCUUUCAGCUCAAAGAUUUGUCUCCCCAGUUGUUUCAGUGCAUAGAUCUUCGCUACUUGAACAUCAGUGAUAAUGAAAUCCGAGCCAUACCUCCACUUAUCUCAAAGUUAUCUAAUUUACAAGUUUUGAUAUUUAGCAAAAAUGUUUUAGAAGGAGUGCAUCCAAACCUAGAUAAACUGAGCAAAUUGACCAUGUUAGAUCUCAGUAUGAAUGAUCUUGGAAAGGUGCCUGAAGCCAUUAUGAGUCUCAUUAAUUUACAGCAACUUUGCCUAAAUGAUACAGGAAUCGACUUCGUUCCUGCCAAUAUCGGUAGACUUUCAAAUUUAAGAAUUUUGGAACUAAGAGAUAACAAUUUGUGCGAACUCCCCAAGUCAAUCAGACGUCUGACCAAUUUACAGCGACUAGAUGUUAGCGAUAACAACUUAUCUAAUUUAACUGAAAUUUGUGAAGCACAUGGAAACUUGACCGAAUUAUGGAUAAACGGCAACAAUAUUUCGGAACUGUCGGUGUCCAUCACCCAUCUGAAAAAAAUGAACGAUUUUGAUGCCUCAUAUAAUAAUUUAGAAUCGGUGCCAAAAGAGAUCGGACAUUGGACUAAGAUUACCAAUUUAAUUUUAAGCUUUAAUAAUCUCUCCAGUUUGCCGAAAGCUAUCGGCAACCUGAGAAAUCUCCAGGUAUUAAAAUUGGAAACAAACUAUCUGGAAGAACUGCCCAAUACCAUUUCCAAAUUAGUGAACUUGGAAGAACUGAAUCUGCAAAAUAAUUCAUUGAUGAAAAUCCCCAGCGGCAUCGGCCACCUUAGGAAAUUAGCCACGCUAAUACUAUCAGAUAAUAAAAUGCAACAUCUGCCAGCAGAAAUUGGCAGUUGUUGCGAGCUUUCCAUUCUCAACAUCCACAAUAAUUUCCUGGAAAAAUUACCUGAUGAAGUAGGUCACCUACAGCAUUUAACCACUCUAGGACUGAUCGGCAAUAGACUCUCCUAUUUGCCUAUUACUAUAUCAAAACUCACCAGCUUGAAAGCUUUAUGGCUGACGCCUAACCAAACUCAACCUCUGAUACAUUUACAAAAUGAACAAUUGCCAGAUGGGCAGGUUGUUUUAACAUCUGUGGUUUUCCCUCAAGUACCACUGCGUGAACAAUCUGCACCCUUACCUCACUUAGGAAACCAAACCAGUCAUAUUACAUUUAAUACUGAAAGAACUGAUGCUGAUGCUACGGAUCAUAGUAACUUAUCAUUAAGCAGAACGCCUACACCUCAUCACAAAGAACUGAAAAGACUGCGGGAAGUAUGGCGAAACACUCAUGCACCAGUGAACCAAGUCCUCAACGUAUCAGAGAUUAAGGAAGCCAAAGUGACGCAUAUAUCAGGCGAUCUGAAUACAUCGCAAAACAGUCUCAAUGGGCAUGAAAGUGAACCAACGGAUGUUCUGGAAAAUGUUUUGGACAAAAGGGAACACAAUAAGACGCCGCCUAAACAACCACCGCCAUAUCAUAUUGCAGCUGCCUAUUCAAAAAACGCACAUUUAUUCGCCCAUAGUCCUCCCAGUCCUCUUGAUCAACCCAAGCAAUUCAGCCAACAGCAACCUGCGAAUAUCCACAUGCCCACUCCCAAGAUGGCUAAUCGUCACCUGUUGACUGAAAGCAAUAAUUAUAUAGGUAUUCCCGUUGAUAAAAAAGUUGCAAUGAAAUCAAUUUCAACGAACACAGAAGAAGAAAUGAACGGACAGUCGCCUGAGAAUGACUGGCCUUUUGGGCACCAUACCAUUUUCAAAGUUAUGGAAAUAGAAAUGCCUGAAUUUCACGAACCUGGAGAUUUUCAGAUUGUUGCAAACAACGAUGGAAUUUUCGUCGAAGAAGUUAAUACUCAAGGCGCCCUUUUCCAAAAAUUAUAUCCCGGAGAUAAAGUGUUAGCGUUUGAUACAACGGAUUAUACAGGUAUUGACUCAUUGGCUGCAUAUCAAGAUGCUACGCGCAAAAUAGGUAAUGUGCGAAUAGUAACCGUUUCUCGUAGACAUGUUACUUAAUAAUUUUCUGUAUUUUAUUCAAAUCAGUUCGGAGGCGUAUUUGUUUCAAACUGCCGUAUAAGACUAAAGUUGUUCAUGUCGGUUUGAAAUUAAUUGCCCCAAAUCGUAUUUUGAUUUAGCCAUUUCUUUUGGUAAGUAGGUAUAUUACUUCUAAAGCAUUUCAAAUCGAAAUGAAAUUUUGACUGUAUUUUUAUGUUAAGCUAUUUCUAGAUAAUGUUACGGUUUGUUUAGUUAUACACGAUUCAAAUUUUCGAUCUACGUGUUCUUAAAUUUUAAACUGUCGCGAUUUUUAACUAUUGUUCUUAUAAGUGUUUCUCUUCCGUGUAACUGUGAAAGUAGUAAGUGUUAUCAGGCGAAAAAAAGUUGUUGAAGUUAGUGCCAAAACGUUGUUUUAGAAAUGUGCCAUUAAUUUAUUACCUACAAUUUUUUAGAGUAAACAGUACCCGGAUAAAAAUUAAAUUCCAGUAUUUAGCCACCCUACAAGAACACACCUUACCUUCAGCAAAGGUAGUUUUAAUUAUGGGUAAACGUUCUCUGUGAUUUGAAGUAGUGAUUGUUUAAUAAUCUCUAAAUGUGCAAAAGUAGAUUCCGUUAGUAAAUGAUGUUACGUUUAUCAGUAAUUGUUAUAGAAAUAUUUAUUGUUACCAAUUUUUACUGAAUCUCAAUGUUGCCAAUGAUCUUGUACAACUAAACAAACUUUAGGGUAAAAUACCUCCCAAUUUGUAUUUAAGUAACAGGCUGUGAAAUUAAUUUUUAUAAUAGGUCCUAUUCAUAUUAUAAAGUGUCUCAUAUAACGUGAAUUUGACCUGUAGUAUUAUUUAUUUAUUAGUUAGUUUUUGUUCUGGAAAUGUAUUUAUUAUUUCUAUGAUCAUUUUCACUUUUUAAAAACUUGGUAAAACGCUUUAGGCUUACGUAAUUUAAAUGCGCCUAGAUAUUUUACCAGUUUAUUGUUAACUAUAAUUUUGGAAGUUAGAAAAUAUUGUACAUGGUGCAGUUUUAAAGUUACAUCGAUGUUCUAUAUAUUCUAACUUUGUUUCGAAAUCCUUAGGGAUCCGUGCGGCGAGUAGUAAAAAACGGAUACAUUAUAAAAUGUAAAUAGUUUUGGUCAAGUCUACAACAUUGACAAUAAAAGGGUGCGGACCAAAAUUAUCAAGUUAAACUUAGUUCUGCUUAAAACACAUGUCCGCUUUUUGUGACUUGCCUGCACCAUACAGGAUUAUAUAUACCCUUUGUGCAAAUCAUCUAUUGCUAAAUUAGUUAAUGUAUUUUGGACUAUUUAUGCCCAAAUAUACUCAUUCAUUAACUUUUUGAGCUUCUCUCAUUUUGAGUGUUCUUAAUGUAUUUUAACAUCUAUAUGUUGUUACUAAUUAUGUGAAAAUUCUUAUUGGCUCUCUCGAUUAGAUUUUUUAAUGCUAAAUGAUGCCUAACUGUUCUCAUAUAUCAAUGUUUUCGUUUACGGUCACUCUCAUUUUGCGAGUGCAAAUUUUGUAAGAACACUGUUAUUUAUUAUUAACAUUUAAGUUACUCAAUUACAUUCGACUGACUUUAACAUUUAUACUUUUUUAAUAAAAUAGAUAUUUCCUAUUAUAUAAAUCUAUUACAUCAUUA